AUUAUCGACUGUUGUUAAUUCUCCGGUCGUUUUCAGAAGUUUUGGGACACUCGGAGCUCAGGACGUUGGCAGGAAUGCCAUGGAGAGGACGGAGAACCCCAUGCGACUGCGGGAGUGGUUGAUAGCUCAGAUCGACAGUGGGAGGUACGCCGGUCUCAGCUGGGAGAACCAGGAGAAAACCUUAUUCAAAAUCCCCUGGAAACACGCCGCCAAGCAGGACUACCGGCAGAGCGAGGACGCCGCGCUCUUCAAGGCCUGGGCCGUGUAUAAAGGAAAGUACCGCGAGGGCCGAGACAAGGCCGACCCGUCAGCGUGGAAAACUCGUCUCCGCUGCGCCCUCAACAAGAGCUCCGAAUUUCAGGAGGUUCCAGAACGAAGCCAACUGGACAUUUCAGAACCGUACAAGGUCUACAGGAUAGUGGAGGAUACACACACACAGAGCGAAUCAGUUGUGAGUGCAGAGAAGAGCAGAGUGUGUACUGUUGUUCAGGAUGCAGUUCACGGUGAAACAAAUAACAGUGGGGUACCAGACGCGAGACUGGACGUUAGCAGGCUGAAUCAGUACAGCAGUUUGGACAGACCGGCUCAUAUUUCUGUAAAACUGCUGCCAUCGAGGUGCCAAAUUUCAGAUUUCCGACUCCACGUGCGCUUGUUCUACCAGGGCCAUCUGGUCCAGGAGGUGAUCAGUUCGUCCCCCGAGGGCUGCUUCAUCCUGCAGGGUUCCACCCCGGUGGGCAGCGAGCGGAUCUACGGGCCGUGCGAGGCUUAUACGCUGUUCUUCCCUCACCCGGACGCCCUGUCCAUCACGUCCAGCAUCGCGGAGGCCAUGAGCCGCCUCCUGCCCCACCUGGAGAAAGGUGUGCUGGUGUGGGUGGCCCCCGACGGGGUGUUCAUCAAGCGCUUCUGUCAGGGCCGGGUAUACUGGGACGGACCGCUCGCCCAACACGCUCAGCAACCCAACAAACUGGAGAGAGAGAAGACCUGCAAACUGCUGGACAUCGGCCUCUUCCUGAGAGAUAUACAUCAGCACCUUCACGCUGGGGGCCCGGGGCCACGCUACGUCAUCGAUCUGUGUUUCGGAGAAGAAUUUCCUGAUCCGAAUCAACCCAAGAACAAAAAACUCAUCACAGCGCAGGUGGUGCCCCUGUUUGCUAAAGAGCUUCUUCUGCACCUCCAGCCGCCCAUCACGGAAAUAAAGACGCUGAAGUCAGAACUACAGAACUAAUGUUUAGUUCUUCUUCUUUCUUUUACCCAUCCAUUCAUUCAUUCAUUCAUUCAUCUACAUAACCAACCAUCCAUUCAUUCAUCUGUUCAUUCAUCCAUCCAUUUAUUCACCUACAUAACCAUUCAUUCAUCCAUUAAUUCAUCUGUUUAAUGUUUAUCCUCCUCCU